AUGGAAUGCGGGCAAUCUGUCUCGAGUAUCGAUGAGAAUCGGUUCGACCGACAAAUUGUCGAUCAUUUUUUUAUCUGAAAAUAAUAACGGGCGUGACACUAUCACUGUUGUAGUUCGUGAAACGUUAUUUUAUAUUUAUGUAGAACGAGAUAAACUCAAUCUGUUGAAAAAAACCUCGGAGAACACGUUGCAAGCUAAUCUCUUCUCCGUUGCAGAGCAAAAAUAAAAGAGAAAAAACAUAAAAAGAGAUUUCGAAAAUGGAGUGUGUUAAUAAUCUUAUAACACGACUCAAUGGAUCAUCUCGAACAUCAAACGUGAUGGAUAAUUUUGAGCAUACAAAAUGUGGAAAAUUACUGCAAACUAAAUUUCACCAUAAUGAACAGAAAAAUGACGUGCCGGUUGAUGACACAGGCAAUCAUGACACAUAUUACUAUGCCAAUUGCAACUCUUCGCUGUGGACGAGGAACUGCCAAGAGGAGGUGAUCGAACCCUUUCAAUCGAGCGAAAUCACUGGCAGUAUCCCCGAGUGGUUGACGGGCACCCUGUUGCGGAAUGGUCCGGGUAAUCUGAAAGUGGGCGAAUAUCAUUAUCAGCAUCUGUUCGACAGUUCAGCCCUAUUGCAUAAAUUUCAUAUCGCGAACGGAAAUGUCACCUAUCAACGACGGUUCAUCCAAACUGAAGUAUAUAAAAGAAAUAUGGCCGCACAGAGAAUAGUUUUUACCGAGUUCGGUACUUGCACGACUCCGGAUCCUUGUCAAAGUAUUUUUCAAAGGAUAGCCACUGUAUUCAAAUCAAAUGAGAAGUCGGACAAUUCUAUGAUCUCGGUGUAUCCCUUCGGUGAUGAAUAUUACACGUUCACAGAAACACCAGUGAUGCACAGAAUUGAUCCGAAGACUUUAGAAACAACAGGCAAGGUAAACAUAUCGAAAUAUAUUAAUAUUGUAAAUCAUACUGCACAUCCUCAUAUUAUGGCCGAUGGUAGAGUUUAUAAUGUAGGACUGAGUGUUACGCCAUUUGGACCUCGAUACAAUGUCGUAUGCUUUUAUCCUAAUCGCGUCAGUACUGAUGAUUCCGGAGAAAAGAAAGAAUUGUCCAUGUUCGAUCAAGCAACAAUCGUUGCCAGUGCACCAAGCAGAUGGUUGUUGAAUCCAUCAUACAUGCACACUUUUGGCAUCACCGACAAUUACUUCAUCAUUGUGGAACAACCGCUGGCUAUGUCCUUCAUCGGAAUGAUGACCACUCACUUAAAAAGAGAACCGAUGAUAAAUUGUUUCAAAUGGCAUGAGAAUGAAAACACGCUUAUUCAUAUUAUCUCGAGAAAAACGGGUCAACUAAUAAGAACUUUCGUCGCGGAGACAUUUUUUUAUUUUCACAUAAUCAAUCAGUUCGAGACCCGCGAUGGAGAAUACGUCGUGCUUGACAUAUGCUGUUAUCGGGAUGCAAAGAUAUUGGAAUAUAUGUAUAUUGAUGCGUUGAAGAAUAUGCACGGAGACAUCGAUUUCGCCAGAUUGACUCGCGCCAGACCGUUGCGUUUCGUACUUCCGAUGAGAGAAGUGCAUCCUGACACAACAUCGGACUGCAAUCUCAUUACAAUUAAAACGGUGCAUCAGAGCUUACAGUUAUUUCAGGAUGUAAUCAGUAUCGAUCAUAAGACAAACCUCGAGAUCAUUGACGAUGCAGACAACAUGGAGAAUAGUGACAAAUCCAGAUACUGGCGAGAUGAACGCAGUGCUUUACGAAAGAAAUCAGUCGCUCACUUUCUCGAUGGCAAGAUCUUUGUAAAGCCGGAACUUCUUUGCGACGUAGGUUGCGAAAUUCCGCGAAUUAAUACGGAUUUUCAUCUUGGUAAAGAGUACCGGUACUUUUACGCGAUCUCCUCUGACAUGGACAUAGACAAUCCUGGAACGCUAAUAAAGGUCGAUACUUUCCAAAAGACCAAGAAAAUGUGGCAAGAAAAAGGUAUUUAUCCAAGCGAACCAAUUUUCGUGCCUAAUCCAAACGGAAAGAACGAGGAUGACGGUGUGGUUGUAAGCUCUAUGAUAUGGACGGAACAGGAGAAUCGCGUCGGUCUGUUAAUCUUGGAUGCUGUGACAUUUACGGAAAUCGCAAGAGUUACUUUCGAUACACCUGGACCAGUGCCUAAAUGUUUGCACGGUUGGUUCAGUCUGGAUAAGUAAUCGAAUAUAAAGAAAAUUAUCGAUUAAACACAUAAAAUUUUGUUUAAUUAAAAGACUUCGGAAAUAAGCAAAUCUUCUAUCAUUAUUAAAGUAGUGGAAAUUGCAACAAAUUGUUUUUAUUUGUGGUUGUAAAUGUAAUUAUCUUUUCGAAAGUAAGAUAAAAUGGAUAUCAAAUAUAAUGUAUAUGUAUAUGAAAAAAUUAUUGCGUCGUAAAUUAAAAUAAAACGAAUUAAGUCUCAUCAAAUUUAUAGUCAAAUCUUAUCCUAAUUAUUACUUAACAUAAUUAUUGUACAUUUACCGAAAA